CAGACCCAAUUACCAGCACUUCCUCAUUAUAUAAUGAGGCCCAGAAGUGUAACAAAGCUUGAGUUUGGGGGGCUCCUUGUAUCAUUGUGUUAACAAGGAGGAAACAGGGAGAGAGAGAAAUGGUGAACUGGGUAGAAGCACAGAAGCCUCUCUUGCACUUUCUUGUGAAGAAGGCGGGCCUGCGACAGCAGACCGUGGAGAUCGAGCCCGGCACGGUCAUGAGCUUCUGGGUGCCAAAGGAGAAGUACAACAAGAAGAAGAACCCUAGCAAAGAAGUAGUGGUACCGGAAGGAAAGAGCAAUGAAAGCCAUGUUAACACUAAUGACGACAAGAAGAAGGGAGAGAAGCCGGCCGUGGUGCUCGUGCAUGGCUUUGCGGCGGAGGGGAUCGUAACGUGGCAGUUCCAGGUGGGACAGCUAACUAGUCGGUAUGCCGUCUACGUGCCGGACCUGCUCUUCUUCGGCGGGUCGACGACAGGGUCGGCAGACCGCUCCCCGGAGUUCCAAGCACGGUGUACUGUUGCAGCCUUGGGCCGGCUUGGGGUGGACAAAUUCACUGUUGUUGGAUUCAGCUAUGGAGGAAUGGUGGCGUUCAAGAUGGCCGAGAUGCGGCCGGAUCUGGUGCAUUCGCUCGUCGUGUCGGGCUCCGUCAUCGCCAUGACCGACUCGAUCAGCGGCCAGACACUCAACAGGCUGGGCUUCUCGUCGUCGUCCGAGUUGCUGCUCCCGGAGUCCAUCAAGGGCCUGAAGGCACUCCUCUCGGUGGCCGCCCACAAGAAGUUGUGGUUUCCAGACAGACUCUUCAAGGACUACCUUAAGGUGAUGUUCAACAAUAGGAAGGAGAGGAAAGAGUUGCUGGAAGGGUUGGUGAUCAGCAAUAAAGAUGCCAAGGUCCCGGUCUUGCCUCAGAGGAUACUUUUACUGUGGGGAGAGAAUGACAACAUAUUUAAUAUGGACCUUGCAAAGAACAUGAAAGAGCAACUGGGGGAGAAGGCCACGCUGCACGGCAUAAAGAAAGCUGGCCACAUUGUUCCCCUGGAGAGGCCCUGUGUUUAUAACCGCUGCCUCAAGCAAUUCCUUGCCCUCGUCCAUGCCCAAGGCGACCAAGUGUGAUCAGAUUCGCAUAUUUUAUGUUCCAUUUCAAUAUUGUGAACUUGCAUUACAUUAUUUUGGUCUCAUCCUCUGGAAAUGGAAUAAAUUAUGAAGAAAUUUUAGUUUCCAUGCAUUCUGGCAA